AUGUCAAAAACCCAUGACCAAAAUGAGAAGAAAGUUUGCAUACAGUUCUUGGAGUUGAAUUCUUCAAAACUUGUUGUUGAAGGCACGAAUAACGAUUUUUUAGGGAAGGAAGAGGGUGAGAAUGCUUCCAAGUCAUCUUCAAGCGAGAAAGAUUUGCACAACUUGAGACAUGGAGCAGAAAACUAUGUUUCUGAGUUUCCUAGUGCUACAGAGUUAAUGGAACGUGUUGCAUCCAGUUUUAGUAUCCCUGGCGUUUCAAUUGCCCAGGCUCAAUCUUCUGUGGAUCCUGAAUGUGUUAAAUCACAAUCUGGAAGUGAGCCUUCUCUUCCUGCUGCACACCAUCCUGCAAAAGCGAGGAAGCUAACUGUGGAACGCCGUGCUCUUCUGCAGAAACGACAAUUUUAUCACUCUCACAGAGUUCAGCCUAUGGCGCUAGAGCAAGUAAUGUCAGAUAGAGAUAGUGAAGACGAAGUUGAUGAUGACAUUGCAGAUUUUGAAGAUAGAAGGAUGCUUGAUGACUUUGUGGAUGUUAGCAAAGAUGAGAAGCAACUCAUGCAUCUUUGGAACUCAUUUGUGAGAAAGCAAAGGGUCCUAGCAGAUGGUCAUGUUCCUUGGGCAUGCGAGGCAUUUUCAAAACUUCAUGGACAGGAGUUGGUCAUAUCUCCUGCUCUCUUUUGGUGUUGGAGGUUAUUCAUGAUCAAACUGUGGAACCAUGGUCUUCUUGAUGCGUCCACAAUGAACAACUGUAAUAUGAUCCUUGAAAGAUGCCGAGAUGAGGGAUCAGAUGCUGCAAAAAGCGAAAGGAUAGAAGAUUGA